CCCCUCCACCACCACCAACAACAACACUACCACCACCACCCUCUUCCACCACCACCACCCACCACCACCACCCUCCGUCGUCGUCGCAGAGUGCCUCUGCACGACGAGCAGCUUGCGCGGGCGGAGUGCGCGCCAGGUGAUCGAUCCUCUCGUGUUAAUAAAGGCCAUCCAGCAACAAUGGGAGACUUCCAAGAGGUGGUGUCGCGGGCCCGGCAAGCGUUCCGAACGGGUCGCAGCCGCGACAUAGCAUUCCGUGAGGAGCAGCUUCGGGCUCUCAACCAGCUCAUGGAGGAAAACGAGAAGGAGCUGUGUCAGAGUUUGUACGAGGACCUGCACAAGUGCAAGUUUGAAGUGAUUUUGCACGAGUUGGUGCCCGCCAAGAACGACAUGGCGUUUAUUGUGAGCAAUCUGCGCGAGUGGAUGAAGCCACAACCGGUGUCACGCUCCCUGAUUACCCUGGCCGACACUGUGUACAUUGAGCCUCAGCCCCUGGGCGUGUGCCUCAUCAUGGGGGCCUGGAACUACCCAGGUGGACUUGUGUUUCAACCGCUCGCCGGAGCCAUCGCUGCAGGAAAUGCAGCCGUGAUAAAGCCGUCUGAGCUGUCUGAGAACACGGCCAAGCUGUUGGCGAAGCUGUUUCCUCGCUACCUGGACAAGGACAUGUACCAGGUGGUGUUGGGCGGGCCCGCCGAGACGACGGAGCUCCUGAAGCAGCGCUUCGACCACAUCUUCUACACGGGCGGCCCGACGGUGGCGCGUAUCGUGAUGGCGGCAGCCGCCCCGCACCUCACGCCCGUCCUGCUGGAGCUCGGCGGCAAGAGCCCCUGCUUCGUGCACCGCGACUCCAACCUCCAACUGGCCGCACGCCGCAUCACUUGGGGCCGAUUCAUCAAUUCUGGACAGACGUGCAUUGCGCCCGAUUACGUGCUGUGUGAACCGUCGGUGCAGGAACCCCUUGUGGAAGCCAUUCGUGUCACUCUCAAGGAAUACUAUGGAGAGGACCCCAAAAAGUCACUGGACUAUGGGCGUAUCGUGAACAAGAGGCACUUUGACCGAGUGAAGGGCCUCAUGGCCGGAGCAAAGGUCGCCAUCGGAGGAGAGACUGACGAGGCUGAAUUGUACAUCGCCCCAACAGUGCUCACGGAUGUGGAUGCGUCCUCGGCGGCGAUGCAGGAAGAAAUCUUCGGCCCCAUCCUGCCCAUCAUGACCGUGAAUGGCGUCGAUGAUGCCAUCACCUUCAUCAACGAUCGCGAGAAGCCGCUAGCGAUCUACGUGUUCGCACUCGACAAGAAGGUGGUGAAACGUCUGGUGGAUGAGACCAGCAGUGGAGGCUUCACAUCCAAUGACACCCUGUUCAACUACGCAGUCGAGGGCAUGCCGUUUGGUGGCGUGGGCAACAGCGGAAUGGGCUCCUACCAUGGCAAGCACAGUUUCAACAGCUUCUCACACAUGCGCGCCGUUGGCCUGAGAGGCCAGUCAAUGGAGAGCGCCAACACCAUUCGUUACCCACCAUACAGCGACAAGAAGCUCUCCUGGUGCCAGUGGGCCAUAGGCAAGAAGAUGAGCAAGGGGGGCAGAGGAGGCCGGAGCACCAUUCUGAGCAUCGCCUUGCUGGGCUUGGCACUGGUCGGAGCCUUCGCCGCUCUUCUGACUAAGUUUGUGUUGGACCAGUGAAUUACACCAGAUAGCUGCAGCACGAGCUCAACCAACAAAUCGUGCUCGGCAGUAACGCACACCUCUGACUCAUUUAUGGCCCAAGGUAAUUAAAAUAUUUUACAUUUUCACGGUGGCUACCAUGCCAUAUUUGGUGGUACAUGCCAAGUAGAAACAAUAGUUGUUGGUGAUUUACAUAAAAUAACUAAAAUAUUAUAGUUAUAAUUUGCAAUGUGAAUGACUCUUAAUAUUUCUUUACACUGUUGUUUUGCUGUUAUUGCUGGACAAUCGUAGCGUCUUAGCAGAUUACGAGUGGACUUGCACAGGCUUGAUGACAAGCACAGUUGUGGCUCUGUACCAGACCUGGGGUCAAUUACAAUAAUGCUAUUCAUAAUAAAUGACAAUCACAAUUUAAUUGUAAUUUCAACUACGAAUGCAGCUAUAACUACAGUAAUUACAUUUGACCCCAGGUCUGUUGUAUAUAGCAGCACCUGUGCCGUGGACCGCAUGUUUAUCAGUCGAGUGCUAGGUGAGGGCCUCCUCACGCCAUUCAGAUCGUGGGGUUUAUUUGACCAUACUUCACUAUGGUGUUCAUUGUGGGUUGGUGGAGUGGGGAAACAGAUGUGGGAGUAUAGAAGUACAGUACCACAAUGGAUUAUCCUUUACUGCCCUCCGAUUCCCACCACUUUUUUCCCACAGCAGACUAUAAAAACAUGUUUAUGCAAGGCGGUUGCCAAUUAAAGAACUGGUCCAGGUUCCAACCUGCUUAACUUCCGAGGUCUGACGAGAUAGUAUGCAUUAUUGGUGAUUUGGUCAUGGACUCAUUGCACAAGUAUAGAUCCCAAUGCAGCAGUUUCUCUUCCAUGUCAGGUGUUUGCCGCAGACUAUUUUUGCAAAAUAAACUUUACUAAAUGGGGACUAUAAUUAAGCAUUAAUUCAUCCGUUCAGAUAGAUCCUUAUACUUGUGGUACAUUUAUACAAUUUUGAGUGUAAAAAUGUACCGUUUUGAUCCGUACGUGUUUUCUGUACUGUAGCUUGUUCAUGUGACCCUGCCACCAGAACAGGCAUGACACGCACCACAAUGUAGAGCUGGGACACAUAAUCAACUUCUUUAAUCGACUAUAUAUAUUUAUUGUUGAUCACUUGAGCCCUUUAAAAUGGUAGCCGCCUUAAUAUCCUGCCUGCAAAGGCUGGAAACCCCCUACAAACCAUACUCAGCGUGACGCAGCUGAAGAUGUCAAUAAUGUCACCAAACCCCACCCAUUAUAUCUUGUAUAGCAGAACACGUAAGAACAGGGGCAAAUCUUUUUCAACAAUUUUUGUAUCGUCUGAUUAGUUGAGUAAUCGAGUUGACAAUAAAUUGAGUAAUUAAUUACUUCAAGAAUCAAAUUGCCUUAACUCUACCACAAUGUGACAAAUAUAUUGCGAUGUGAAUCGUAAUAAUUCAUUGAAUCGUAAGGAGAGCAAAUCUUUACAUGGCUAGUAUCUAUAAUCCUGCUCUAAACUAAGUUGGUUAUUUCAAUGUGAAUGUUACAUUUUCAAGUAUAAUAUCUGCACUUAAUAUAUUUUAUGUUAUUUCAGACUCAUCAAUGUUUUAUUCCACCACCGCUGUUCUUGUUGAGAAAUAUUGACGUAUGACUUAUGUUGGUCAGAGGCAGAACCUUGUCCCACUGAGCCAUCCCUUCGGUCAAGUUGUCCAGUAUGUCGACGACACAGGAGUCCAUUCACGUUUUCAUGCCGAUCACUCUUCGGUUUCUCAUAUUACCCACCCCGGCUGUGAUACAGGACGCUGAACAUGAGAUAAAGCCAUGGCUGUAAUUAUUGACACUGCAAUGGGUACAAUGGUACACGACAGCCUGUUAUGCCCGUAUGCAUGUCACGUCCGAGAUAGUAUUCGUUUACUUUUCAGUAUGUAGCCUCUGUAAAAUACCGUUAAAAUUUUCAUUCUAAAGUUUAAUUAAGCUAUGCACAUGACCUUUCUGAUCACAGGUUCCAAAGGCUCAAAACGCUCAGCUGCCAGCCGCAAACAGCACUGUUGAAGGUGUAGUGGAUAAGGGUUAAUUGACUUGAGAAUGAUUAUAAAAACUUUGGAAGAGAGUUAAUGGGAGGGAAUUCAAAAGUUGACCUGCGUGAGAAAAUAAACAUGUUGAUUCAGAGUCAUGUGGUGAGUCCGGUACGUUUGGUAAUCUGUUAAUCAUUUUGUAAACCUUAACGAUCAGGACAGCGAAAUAACGAAGCAUUAACGCUAUUCUAUCAGCAUAGUCGGGCAUUAAUAAUAUAUAAAGCACUUAAUGAUGAACUGGACUCUUUUCAAGGCCCAAUGCUCCAGAUUGUCCUGGAUUCGGGAAUAAACUGGCUAUGCAUUUGUUGUAAAAGACGUAAAUGUAAAAAAAAGGAACUGCUCUAUUGCCCACCCAGUUCACAAGGGGAAAAUACACGCCAAUACAGUACAACGUCUGAUAUGCAACUCACUGGGGACUGUGACAUUGGCGGGUAUGUGAAAAGGUCAGAUAUGUGAACAUCUAUAGAAUAUAAAAUGAUAGUUGCACCGUGCACAAUACAAUACGCUGGGUCUGGGUGGUUUAAUUGGUCAAGGCGGAUAUGUAAUGGUCAUCGCCGGAAAUGGGAAUAAAUAAUUUGGGGAACUCAUAAAUGCCCUUACCCCGCUAGACCAGGAUCCCCUCCCCCCAUCAGGACUAUACCCUCCCCCAAGAUCUCGAUCUACAAACAGCCUGAAUGCAAGGGGGCGGAGGACAGCGGACACCAGAAUUGACGAAUGCGUUAACUUUUUGUUCGCUUGUUUCAGCACAGUCAGUUUAUAACAAAGCAUAUUCGCAGACCUUUGCAUGUAGUUUUCCGUCAACGAAUCUUUUCGAAGAUCCAGAUCGUGUCGGACGGACAGUUGCGAAUUUUAUAUAUAUGGAGAUAUAGGCUUAUGUAGACGUCCCGAUCACUGCACUUGACCCUGGUUCUUUCCUGAACGACAGUAGGGUUAAAAUAUUCACACCUACCAUGGCGUUCAAGCUCAUUCUGGCCCAUUUACACCCCUGAUAAUGGUUGGAAAAGCAACGUUGUACUCGUGGCCACCCACUUCCCUGCAAUACCAGUAGAGCUGUUUACAAGUGAAAUUAAGCAUUUGGGCAUUGCACACACCUGAUCAUGAGUAGAAUAGGAAGUUUACAUCAUGGGGGGUGUUUGUAAGGAAUGUUGUUUUGACUCAUGUAGGUUUAUGUAUACAGUACUUCGAUUGCCUCGAGGCUACACAAUGCAAAUUUUGUCUUACAUGCUCCAUCAAUUCCACAGGAAGUUAAUUAAAAUGUGUAUACAGCACCAGGAUGUGCUGUUAAAAAUGUACACAGCGUGUCCAGUUGUCGUUUGUAAGAAGGCGUUCGGCUCCUCAAAGGAGUUUGUGUUGCUAAAUAAGACAGUUAACUAACUCGUUGCUUUUUCGCUUUGUGUGCAUAAUGAUAUAUUUCUAACAACCACUCAACAUGUGUACUGUAUGUUGUUGAACUUCGGACCGUACGUAGCCGUCCGUGCUCGUCAGAGGUGCGGGGGAAGGACAAAACAAACGAAACAAACAUAGCAACCUUGAGAAACGUGGCUUGUAAUUAAUGACAAGUGUAAUUAAUAAUAGCAUUAAUUGUAAUCACGUGAAUGUAAGUACGUAUACAAUAAAUACGAAUUGCUCAUUG